AUGAAGGUUAUCGUCGCCUAUUUGCUCGUCGUAUUGGGAAGUAAUGUUGCUCCCUUCGCCGAUGACUUGAGGCUCAUCCUUGGAUCCGUUGGAGCAGACGCAAAUAACGACAAUAUUAGUAACCUCCUGUUCGAAGUCAAGGGCAAAGACAUUGCUGAACUUAUCGCCGCUGGUAGGGAAAGGUUGGCCUUAGUGCCUUCCGGCGGUGGCACUGCCGUUGCAGUGACCGCAGCUCCUGGAGGUGGCACUUCUACUCCGGCAGCAGCUGAAUCGAAGAAGGAGGAAAAGGUGGAAGAGAAGGAGGAAUCAGAUGACAAUAUGGGCUUCAGUCUUUUUGAUUAAUUGGUAGGCUUCUCAACCAUCGUUUGGAUAUAUGUUGUAGAGAGGGAGAUGGCCAGGUGCUAGGAAAGGAAUGAAGGGAAGGUUGAGCGGUAUUCAUUGCUCA